AGGCGCCGUCCCGGCCUUUUCCGCCUCGCUCCUCGCGCGCGCCGGGGGCUGCCGCCGAGCCUCUCCUCCUCGUGAGACCGCCCGCCCGCCCGCCCUCUUGGCCCGCCUGCCCCCCGCCUCCGCCAUGAUCAUCUACCGCGACUGCAUCAGCCAGGAUGAGAUGUUCUCGGAUAUCUACAAGAUUACAGAAGUGGCCAACGGGCUCUGCCUGGAAGUGGAAGGGAAGAUGGUCAGCAGAAAAGAAGGUGAAAUAGAUGAUGCUUUAAUUGGUGGAAAUGCAUCUGCUGAGGGUCCAGAAGAAGGGAUCGAGGCCACAGUUGUCACUGGUGUUGAUAUCGUCAUGAACCACCACCUUCAGGAAACAAGUUUCACUAAAGAUUCCUACAAGAAGUACAUCAAGGGUUACAUGAAAACAAUCAAAGCCAGACUUGAGGAAACAAAGCCAGAGAGAGUAAAGCUGUUCAUGACGGGGGCAGCUGAACAAGUCAAACAUAUCCUUGCAAACUUCAACAAUUACCAGUUUUUUGUAGGAGAGAAUAUGAAUCCAGACGGCACGGUGGGGCUGCUGGAUUUCCGUGAGGAUGGUGUCACUCCAUAUAUGAUUUUUUUUAAGGACGGAUUAGAGAUGGAGAAAUGUUAACAAGAGGUGAGCCCUUCAGGAUCGUCUGUCAUCAUCAUAAUUGGCUGCUGCUGUAUUCAUCAACAAACAUCAUGACUCAUCAAUGUCUGAAAACUUGGACUGAUGCCACCCUGAGCUUAAUUUGAUUUAUUUUGACCCUGAUUAAAUUGGAGUGGAGGCAUUGGCUUUUAAAAACUUGUCAUGUAGGCUGUCUAAAAUAAAACACACACACCUCGGUUACACCCAGCACAGGUAAUGCCUCUUGGUUUGAUGUGUUGAGCAGGGCUCUUCAGCGAGUUUGCCGUAGCUCGCGUGCAUUUGGAUCCUCGACCUCUCGGUAGCAUAGCCCGGCCCUAAUGCUUGUGUCAGACUGUCUUCACAUUCUGGGGACGCUGGAACGCAGAAGAUCAACCAGCCACAACUGAACUGCCUCUUAGAUCCCCGGCAAUGACUAAUGCAGAAGGCAACUUUCUUUUGGAAGCGGACUUGGCUUCUUGCCAAUCAGCAGGCCUGAUAACUAGCUGGCGGACAAAAUUGGAAGCCUGGCAAUUGUGCGGCUCUGUCUCAUGCUCCACGUUCCUAACCAGUUAAGGAGAGAGGAAUGUCUUCAGUCAAUCAGAAUAAAGCAGAUUAUGUGACUGUAAGGGAGAGCAAGUGGAAGGAGCACCCUUGGCAACCAAAGUGAGCGUAUUAGGCAAGAACUUGAGGCAUUGCCUACGUGCUGUAGUUCGGAAUAAUCAUAACUUAAAAUACAUAAGUAAUACUGGUUUAAUCACAGGA